UAGCUUAGUGCCACACGGUGCAUAAGCCAACUGUUUUGUUUCGAGCGUGACUGCCGUCGAGCUUAGAACCUCUGUUGACAAACUUGAACAACGUAUUAACCGGGGAAAUGUACCAUGUACACCCUUCCUUCGGAUGAUGGAUUCAAAAACCUGUGAGCAUUAGGACAAAUUCAGGCGUAGUCUUGCACAGAACGAGCAAGAUGACCGUGUGUCGGCCUAAACUCUGGAAGUACCUGAGCAUCACUCUCUCUUUCGUGUUGGCGGCCCAGUUGCUAUCCGGAGCAUUCUCCAGGAAGUUCGAUCCGCUGGCCUACGUGAUGUCAGUUCAUCAAAGAAUACCUUGGAAAAUUUGGAACGAGUCGCUUCAAGCGUCCAGCGAGACGUACCAAAUGGGCAACGGUGCUGAAACCAGUGCCCAAGAAGGCACACAGGAUUCAAGUUUACUCAGCAAAGAGAAGCCACUAUGCCCCCCCGUGCCCCCGUAUCUAGCUGGACGUCUCACGAUCAACCGAACGGCGCCAUCCCUGGAAGAGCUGGAGAGAACGCAUCCGGAGCUGGAACCCGGGGGCCGGUACAGACCGGCCGAGUGCCGGGCGAGACACCGGGUGGCCAUCGUCAUCCCGUACCGGGACCGCGCCCAACACCUGUCCGUGUUCCUCUUUCAUAUGCACCCUGUCCUCCAGAGGCAGCAGUUAGACUACGACAUAUACAUUAUCGAGCAAGCUGGCUCCGGGAAAUUCAACCGAGCGAUGUUGAUGAAUGUCGGAGCCCUGGAGUCUCUCAAGCAAUACCCGUACGACUGUUUCAUAUUCCACGACAUCGACUUACUGCCAGAAGAUGACAGGAAUCUUUAUACUUGUCCAGAACAACCGCGUCACAUGUCUAUUGCAGUGGACACUUUGAAUUACAAAUUACCUUACGAGAACAUUUUUGGCGGAGUGAGUGCACUGACAGUAGAUCAGUUCAAGCAAGUCAAUGGCUUUAGCAACAGUUUCUGGGGGUGGGGAGGGGAAGAUGACGACAUGUCCCACAGAGUAAGGUACUACGGGUUCUUCCUUUCCCGUUACCCCGCGCAUAUUGGCCGUUAUACAAUGCUGUCCCAUAACAAAGAUGCACCGAAUCCAGAAAGAUUCGACAAAUUAUACAACGGCGAAAAGAGGUUCAAGACGGAUGGCAUAAACAGCAUCAAGUAUAAAGUACUGGAUAUUCAACUACGUCGGCUCUUCACCUGGGUUCACGUCGAACUUUAUCCUUCGUAGUUAUAAUUUUAUCAAAAACUUCGUACGUUUUAGUACUUAAUUAUUACACUUAUUAUUAUUAUCCUGACGUCCCAUGUAUUUCAUUAAUUCAUAUUGGACUUGAGUGAUCUGUUUAAUUAUCU